GUAUUAAAUCGAAUUUUUAGUGGAAACUGCUUCGAAAACGCAACCCUUGCAAAACUGAAACAACAAAAGAUGUGAAUCAUGCAAUACUAUCGAUAACGCUUCCCACAUACAAUGCUACCAGACGAAACUUUCCAACACUUUUAAAAUAUAAUGACAUACACGAGUUCCUAAGACUGAAAAACAUCGACCAGUACAACAUAAGUACAACUUUCUCGAUAAAAUUUGUAUUAACCCAUUUGUAUAAUCCCAUACAAACUUAAGAUUGGCGUUUUCCUUGCACUAAGGGCGGCCAAAUAAUCCCUCGACUCAAUGAAGUCGCGAGUGGACUAUGCAGCCGAUAUGAGCAACGAUAAUGAAAUUGCUUUAAAAUCGUCUAAGAAAAAGGGCGUUGACACAACUGGUGGUGGAAAAGCAGUAUUGAGUUGUGUUGAUGAUUUGGUUCUUUUACAAUCUGAAUCAAAUUGUAAACAUUUGCAUCUUCAUGAAAAACCGCAAAUUAUGUCAGGUGAUCAGAAAUUAUUGUUGAAAGGUCAUUCCUCUCAGUAUGUUAAAUUAAAUGUUGGUGGUAGUUUGUAUUAUACGACUGUUGGCACAUUGACCAAACAUAAUGAUACAAUGCUGAGCGCAAUGUUUAGCGGUCGAAUGGAAGUGUUGACUGAUUCAGAAGGUUGGAUUUUAAUCGAUCGUUGUGGAAACCAUUUCGGAAUUAUACUUAACUUUUUACGUGACAGCACCGUACCACUACCCGAAACCAACAAAGAAAUAGCCGAACUACAUGCCGAAGCAAAAUAUUAUUGUAUUACAGAGUUGGCUUUGUCGUGCGAACGGGCAUUAUAUGCAUACCAAGAACCAAAACCUAUUUGUCGUAUACCUUUGAUAACUUCACAAAAAGAGGAGCAGCUUUUAAUAAGUGGGUCGUCAAAGCCAGCGGUCAUUCUGGUAGUACAGCGCCAAAACAAUAAAUAUUCAUACACAAGUACAUCAGAUGACAACUUGCUUAAAAAUAUUGAGCUCUUUGAUAAGCUAUCCCUGCGGUUCAAUGAGCGCAUUCUGUUUAUUAAAGAUGUGAUUGGUCCAAGCGAAAUAUGUUGCUGGUCCUUUUACGGGCACGCUAAAAAAGUUGCAGAAGUAUGUUGUACUUCAAUAGUUUAUGCUACUGAUCGAAAGCAUACCAAGGUAGAAUUCCCCGAAGCUCGUAUAUACGAAGAAACACUUCAAGUAUUGCUCUAUGAAAAUCGAAAUGCUCCUGACCAAGAACUUAUGCAGGCUACAUCUUCAGCUCGCGUGGGUAGUGUCAGUGGCACAAGCCUGCAGCAAUAUACAAGUGACGAAGAAGAAGAGCGAACUGGUCUGGCUCGAUUACGAAUUAACAAGCGCAGCAACCCAGCUUAAAUUUUAUAAAAAAUUAUUGCUGUAAAGGUCGCAUUAUAGUAUCGGUAAUUUUACGGUUUAAUUUAUAAAUGUUACAUUAUAUAACAAGAUCUGUAUAGUAAACUGUACAAUACACUAAAAUUUUAAAAAAA